CUUUUGCCAUCUUGUCGGGUUAGCUUGCAUUUAGCUCCCUAUUCUUGGGGUGAAGAGGUUUUCUGUCAGCUUGCUGAUAAUAGCAGCUGCCAAAAGGGAGCUGUCUACUAAACGGGAAGAAAUCUUAACGGACUUUUAGACGUUUUUGUAAUUUUAUCCAGGGACUGUAUAGUAUUAUUUUGAAAGUUGGUAAAUUUGUUUACAUCAUGACGUUGCACACGCUUCUUAGAGGCAGGAAAAACUAGCCGACACCAGCUAACUUGGCUCACUGGUGAGGAGUACAUGCAUCGCUGGGAAGGAAAAGUGGACCGGGAGACUGGGCCCGAGACUGAGAAAAGUACCGACGGGUGUGGCCAAAGAAGAAGAACUUUAUCAAGAACUCAGUUGUAGCUUUUCGUUGUGGCUUUAAGGACGACAAGUGCCCGGAAUUAAAAGGCCAAAGAGCGCAGCUUUCGACCGUGUUUCGUCACACAGGACUACAGAAACGCCUUUGGACUUUUUUUCUGGUUCUGCCCUCGCUUGUCAGUUUUAUUGGACAGCAUUGAGGAAGAGUGCGGAAAUGUGUUGUAAUGGUGUUUUACUCUUAACCCCCAACUGUGACUUGUUUUGCCAUUAGCAUUUCGUUUCAUCUGAGGUGAGGGCUGACAAUCUUCGCCAACAUGUCGAAAAUGCCAGGAAAGAGAAGCUGUUUUCAAAUUACAAGUGUAACUCAGGCUCAGGUGGCGGCCAACUGUCUACCCGAUGACACAGAGAGUCAGGACGAUCUGGACGAGUCGCGGACAGGGGACAUGCCACCAGAGGGAUUUGACGUUUGUCGGGUCGAUCAGGGGGCGUGUGCCACGAACUGUUCAGAGGAAAUUUCACAUUAUGGAGGGGAUUCUCUGCCUAACAAAGCUCUCGUCAAUGGUGGGUUUUAUCUCAAGAGUUUGGCUUCUGGCCGUCUAACUCCAGGUAUGCCUCCUUCGAACUUUGCAGCCUCCUCUAUGCUCACCAGUGUGACACAAACUGCUCCUAGCAAUAGUUAUAGCUCCCGUUUCAGAGUCAUUAAACUUGACCAUGGUACUGGAGAGCCCUUCAGACGGGGCAGGUGGAAUUGUACUGAAUUCUAUGAAAGAGAUUCUGAGUCUAAUCUGACUGUGGACAGUCUAAAGUCAGCUGUCAGCCUCGAUUACACGGAUCGAGAGAGUGUCUUGGGGGCCACCAGCAAUUCUUUUGUCAGUAGCAGCACAUCCUCUGCACAGGGUUUGGAGAGCACUACAGAUAGCGGCUACUUUGCCUCUGUGGGGCACCCCUCCCACUCCUACCAUUCCGAGUCCCAGCAGCAAGACUACAGAUUGUCUCCUCGGAAAGGGAGUGGAGCAAGUGCCUUCCUGCCCACCGGGUAUGCAACUACAUUGCAAGCAAACCAGGCUCAGGGCAAUGUGCAACCCAUGACGCCUCCGACUUUUUUGUCUAACAGCCUCAAUGGUGUACACCAUGGUUCCAGGCAGCAGAUGCCACCAAGUAUACCUCCUGCAUCUCAAGCACAGCAGCUUGACUAUUCAGCUCAUCCCACUGGGAUCUCAGACUAUCAUCAACAACAGUUCAGCUCUGGUGCCCUAACAUCCUCUGUGGUGUCAUCAUCCGGCCAUGUGUCCUCACCCCAAAUUUCUUCUCCUGGUCCAGCAAAGCGAAGGCUCGGUUCCGAAACGGGCUCAGCUCAAACAGUCAUUGCCCCCAUCCACACACAGCAGCAGCCUGUCAGCCAACCUCAGCUUCCUGGAGGAUUAGGCAUUGCCUUACCACUCUUCUCCACCACCAGCUCAAACAGUGGUGGCCAGAAUGUGCCUGUUUCGAUGCCCAGUGCAACCAGCAUCCCCCAGGGGGGGUCAGACCCAAUGUCUAGCUCUCAUGGAGCAGCAGUCCAUCAGCCAGAAGAUAGUAGGCAAAAAGUGGAUGUUCUACCUCAGCAUAUCUCCACAGUUGCUAGACAGGAUGGGGUGAGGACUCCCAUUACUGAUGGCUUUGACAUGCAAAGAUCUACUGUCAAGAACUUGUUCAACAUUCAAAUUUCUAUGGAUGUUGAUGAUGACAGGAACCCCUCCACUGCAUUCUACCAGGCUUUCCGACCUAGCAGAUUACGGUGGUCAAAGCCCAUCGGCUAUAGUGCAUCAGGAGCCAGUGCGGUUGCCAUCGAUAACAAGAUUGAGCAGGCUAUGGAUUUGGUAAAGAGCCACCUGAUGUAUGCUGUCCGUGAGGAGGUGGAGGUGCUGAAGGAGCAGAUUAAGGAGUUGUAUGAGAGGAACUCAAUGUUGGAGCGGGAGAACGCCGUGCUGAAGUCUUUGGCGAACACGGAGCAGCUCAGCCAGCUGACGGGUCCGACCAGCAACUCGUCAACACCGGUGCAGCAGCUCCACCACCUCCCACUUGUGGCAAACAGCCCCGCUUCGUUGCUGCACCUCGAGGGGAGUCCGAGCAUCCCGCAUCAGCCAAACAUCUCCUCGGCCUGAGCCUUAUUUCCGUUAACGACAAACUAAAAAAGAAACACACAUCUUGGUUCUGCUCCGUAAAAGUUCAAGUCGACAGCGGCCUGUGUUUGCUUGAUGUGUGCACACAGCCGUUGUCGGGCCUUUGGAGUGAGACACUCACCAGCCCUUAAGUCUUAUUCAGGCCAUGUGUUUGAAAGUCUCAUGAAAGCGAUGGAGCGGGGGUUGCCAGCACGCCAUGUCUAACUGAAUGUCGAUCUUGUGCUGGAGAUGGGGGUCCAUGAGCACAAAGGCUUGACUUGUUGCAGAGGUGCAGAGAGCCACCGUGGUGACCUGGUUCCUGUUUAAACCUUCAUCCGGGACGGUCCUGCCAGCAACCGUCUCCCACACAGUACGCCAGGGCUGGAGGAGGCCAGAGAAACGAGGUGGACGGGGGAACGAUGCUGCCAAUGGGUGCCUCAGCUCAAGCAGAGCGAAUAGAGACUCUUGCUGCAAAAAAAACCCUUGUUUUUUUCAAAUUGAUCAUAACUUCUCCUUAGUUCAGUUUUAGUAUUUGCAUUUAUUUAUUUCAGGGCUGCUAUGUUUAAAUGUAAAUGAACAAUGUCACGGAGAUGCUAAUUAUUAAACAUGAGCAUCUGCAACAUAACAUUCUCUUUUUGGUAUUUUAAAAUCUGAUGGGUAUAAAAUUUGGAAGUUUUUCUUUUCAACAAAUCGAUGUCAUUUAGUACGCAAUAAGUUCAGUAAGUUGAAUAAGUUCUGUUCUCAUGAACUAGUGCUAACACUACAGCUGAGCUUCAAUGAGAUGAAAUCCAGAUUGAAUGUAUAUUUUGUAAAGUAUUAAAAGCAUGGAGGGUUUGUACAGGAGAGCACCUGUUAAAAUAUGUCAUGGCAUGUUUUAUUAAAGAAAAAUAUAAGCAUUUUUUUUUACUUUUUUUUUCCCAAAAAGAAAUUAAUUUUGCCAUUUGGUUGGGGGAGGGAAGAAAAACUGUGAAAAUUGUUUUGACCUACUUUAUAACCAAAGAUUCAAAACUGUGUUAGACUUUUAUUUUUAAAUGCACACUUUUUUUUCCUACUGUCUUUUCUCUCUCUAUUUUUGUUGCUGUUCUGCAUGAUCAGACCAUUUUCUUACCUCAUGGUUUUAUCCAACACUCUUUUUUUUUUAUUGCUUUCUGUCAAGUUCAGUCUGUGAAUGAUUACAAGAGGAUGUGUGAAUAAGAGAGGGAAUUUUGUGCAGGGAGGUUAGAGUAAGUGGUUGAAGUGAGAAAUAAAAUAAUUUAAAACGAGGAUGGGGAUGUUUUUGUGUCUGAGUGAAGGGCGUCGCGUGGAAAAACGGCAGGAAAAGAUCGUUUUUGCUCUCAUUUAAAUUCAGAUUCCAAAAUGUUGUCUGGAAAGGGGGUGGUGUGGAAGAUUUUGAUCAAUGCAGCAUUUUGUUUUCAGUUUUGUAACAGAUUAAUUUAAUUGUAUUUAUAUAGCCCAAUAUUAUAACCGUUGCCUCAAAGGGCUUCACUACUUAUUUUACUUAAACACCUGAUAAAAUGUCAACAUCAGCAUUCCCAAAUACAGAAAACCAACAUUUCACAUUUCAAAUCUGCAGCCCGUUUGUCUUGUUUUUGUGCUUCCUGUUGAUGCCUGCAGAUGUCCAGUCAUGUUUAAGGUUUUUUUUUCAAACCACACUGCUUAGUAAUUGUACAAUCAAGCUUUUCUUUUCUUGUUUUUUCUGUUAUCUCAUUUGAAGGACAUGUGUACAUGCCAAAUGUACUGUAUGAAAGUGAUCACUGAGCCUUGGAGAAAAUACUUUAAAAAUGCCCUUGUAAUGUGCUGUUGAGAUGAUUUUAGUUUUCAGUCAGAAAUAAUAAAAAAAAGAUAUGCUUUUAUUUUAACGUUA